AAGAGCGACGACAUGCUGUCUAGCAGGCAUGCUGUGGCUAUGGCCACACGGCGGACUAGGAUGUACAUCCCCGCCAGCAAGAGGUUCAUCGGCAACGAUUCCAUCAAGAGCAUCGAUGAGAAGAUCCAGCGCAUCCAGGAAGCGCAGGCGAUGUUCGCCACUUACGACCAGAAGACGGUCGAUCACAUCUUUCGUCAAGUUGCCCAUGCGGCCAACAAGCAGCGCGUUCCCCUUGCCAAGCUGGCCGUGGAGGAGACAAGGAUGGGCUUGAUGGAGGACAAGGUCAUCAAGAACGGCGUGGUGAUUGAGACCUCCGUGUCGGCUUAUGCUGACAUGAAGACCUGCGGCAUCAUCGAUCGUGACAUCGAGCGAGGAUUGAUCAAGAUCGCCACGCCUGUAGGACCGUUGGCAUGCAUCACUCCCUGCACCAACCCUACCAGCACUGUCAUCAUCAAGUCUCUCUUUGCUUUGAAAACUCGUAAUGCUGCCAUCUUCCUUCCUCAUCCCCGCGCCUCCGCCUGCUCACACGAGGCCAUGCGCAUCUGCAGAGAUGCGGCCGUUGCAGCAGGAGCUCCUCCUAACGUGCUGGACUGCGUCGAGCAUCCCACGCUGGAGCUGAAUAGGCAUGUCAUGGAUCACCCUGGCAUCAAGCUGAUUGUCGCAACUGGCGGUCCCGGCAUGGUGAAGGCAAGCUACAGCACUGGCAAGCCGGCUCUGGGCGUUGGUGCAGGCAACGCGUCGGUGCUUGUGGAUGACACUGCGGACCUGAAGAUGGCAGCCUCGAGCAUUGUCAUGGGCAAGACUUUCGACAACGGUGUGAUCUGUGCCAGUGAGCAGAGCACGGUUGUGAUUGAGAGCAUCUUUGAGGAGUUCAAGAGCCUGCUUCAGAAGCGCGGCGUUCACUUCGUGUACGGAGAGGAGAGGAAGAAGCUGGGAGAGUUUUUGAUCAAGAACGGAGCAAUCAACCCAGACAUUGUCGGUCAGUCAGCACAAACGAUUGCACAGAAGUGUGGUAUCAAGAUUCCAUCGGAUGCAGUGGUGAUUGCGACGGAAGCUUCGGAGGUCGGUCCUCAUGAGCCCUUCAGCUUUGAGAAGCUUAGCCCUGUGAUGACUCUGUAUCGCGCGCCGACCUUCAACGAGGCCAAAGACCUUUGCGCAUCCAUCGUCCACUUUGGUGGAGAGGGACACACUGCUGUGAUCCAUUCCAACGACGAGAACAGGAUUGCGGCGUUUGCUGCAGCGAUGCCUGCACAUCACUUGUUUGCCAACGUGCCAUCGAGCAUUGCUGCGGUGGGGACGGCGUUCAACUUCAACGUCCCACCCAGUCUGACGCUGGGAGUGGGCACUACUGGAGGAUCUUCGAUUGCUACCAACAUGACGCCGGCAUCGUUGAUCAACGUCAAGCUGAUGGCGUCUCGUCAAGAGCACAUGGAGUGGAUGAAGACUCCUCCCAAUCUCUACUUCAAUCGCAACUGUACCCGUGAGGCCAUCGCAGAUCUUGCUAAGCCGUACCCCGGUGGGAAGAGGGACACGCGCGCCAUGAUUGUGACGGACAGAGCGAUGGUGGAGUUUGGGUACUGCGCGAAGGUGCAGCAGAUGCUUGAGCAGAUUGGCUUCAAGGUUGCGGUAUUUGACGAUGUCACUCCGGAUCCCACGAUCGAGUGCGUGCGAGCAGGCGCAGCGGCGUGCGAGCAGUUCAAGCCUGAGGUGUUGAUUGGACUUGGAGGCGGGUCGCCGAUGGAUGCCGCCAAGGGUAUCCGAGUGUUUUACGAGCACCCCGAGGCGAAGCUGGAGGAUGUGGGUGCGAGGUUCAUUGAGCUGCGCAAGCGAACCUGCCCCUUCCCCGACACGGGAUCCAAGGUGCACAAGCUUGUUUGCAUCCCGACUACCAGCGGUACUGGGAGUGAGGUCACGCCCUUUGCUGUCAUCACUGAGGGAACCCACAAGUACCCUCUCUUCAGCUACCGUAUGACUCCCGACGUGGCCAUUGUGGACAGCGCCUUCUGCGACAACCUGCCCAAGUCUUUGGUGGCGAAUGCUGGAGUGGAUGCUCUUGUCCAUGCCAUCGAGGCGUAUGUCAGCGUUGCGAGCAACGACUUCACCAAGGCGCAUGCUACUCGUGCGGUGAAGCUUCUCUUUGAGUACCUGCCGGAGUCGUACAAGAAUGGAACCAUCCGUGCCAGGGAGAUGGUGCACCAUGCCUCUACCAUCGCCGGGAUCGCGUUUGCCAACAGCUUCUUGGGGAUCACUCACAGCUUGUCUCAUCAGAUCGGUGGCGCCUUCCACACCCCCCACGGUAUGACCAACGCCAUCCUGAUGGAGCACGUGAUCGACUACAAUGCUGUGGAUGCACCGACCCGCAUGGGAGUGUAUCCCCAGUACACUCACCCGUUGGCGAAGCAGAGAUACGCUGAGCUGGCGAGGGCCAUCGGAUGCACUGGGAACUCGGACUACGAGCUUGUGCAGAAGUUCAAGCAGAGGAUCUCUGAGUUGAAGAAGUCUCUUGACAUCCCAGCCACCUUUGCUGAGGCAGGAAUCAACAAGGACGCCUACUACAAGGUGAUCGACAGCCUUGCUGAGCACGCCUUCGACGACCAGUGCACUCCGGCAAACCCCCGCUUCCCCUUGGUGCCUGAGCUGCGUCACAUCCUGGAGUGCGCAUAUGACGGGCAGCCGCUGUCGUCUCGCAUGUACCUUGAGCCAAAGGAGGCAGAUGCGGCCAAGACCAAGGCUUAAAAGAGGAUGUAGAUUAUUGUGGGUGGUGAUUAGG